AUGUCGAGCCUGCGUUGCGCCCUGCGACUGCAGACAGUCGAGAGAAAUCGCUCAUCGCGGUAGCAUUAUUUUCGCAACUUGGCAUCCGCGAAAACUUAUUGACGGCACCUUGGUUUUUCACCGAGGUGUUUGGGUUCAACGCGAUUCAGGGACGCCGAGGAUAUUUCGAUAGGUACAUCACUGAUAAACGGUGACCAGAAACGUCACCAUGGAAGAAAAGAAUGGGGAAACUAUCAACAUGCAGUUGAUGGCUGGGCAGAGCUCCUUCAAUGGGGAAAAACAGUCAUCAGAUGGGAAUUUCCUGAAAAGUGGAGGCGGAGGAUCGCCAGUAUCGGAUUCGGAUGAAUCGUAUGAUCCACACAAACAUCGGAACAGGGCUAAUCCCACUUCGAACUCAGAGACGUUGAUCCAUCUUCUGAAGGGCAGUCUGGGGACUGGGAUUCUGGCAAUGCCGAAUGCGUUUUACAACAGUGGACUGGUCACCGGCAUCAUAGCCACGAUUCUCAUCGGCAUUUUAUGCACCUACUGUUUACACGUUCUCGUCAAAGCGCAGUACAAAUUGUGCAAGAGAAUGAGGGUCCCGAUUUUGAGUUAUCCGAUGAGCAUGAAGUACGCUUUGGAACAGGGACCAGGAUGGUGUAAAAUAUUCGCACCCUCUGCGCCAGGUCUCGUUGAUGGGUUUCUAAUAGCAUAUCAAUUGGGAAUUUGCUGUGUCUACAUCGUCUUUGUGGCGGAGAAUAUAAAACAGGUAGCCGACCAGUACUGGCCUCCAAUAGAUGCGAAAUUGCACAUGCUGAUUCUGCUCGUGCCAUUGACAUUGAUAAACUACAUUAGAAACUUAAAACUACUUGCGCCGUUCUCGUCCCUGGCGAAUGUCAUCACUUUCGUUGGCUUGUCGAUGAUCUUGUAUUACGUUUUCGACGAUCUUCCGUCCGUUAGCGAAAGGGAAUUGUACGGCUCGUUGAGAAGCUUUUCCCUGUACUUUGGCACCACGUUAUUUGCCUUGGAAGCUGUUGGAGUGAUCAUAGCGUUGGAAAACAAUAUGAAGACUCCGCAGAACUUCGGUGGUUAUUUUGGCGUACUGAACAUCGGGAUGACCGUCAUCGUGAUAUUAUACAUCUUGGUUGGAGUUUUCGGUUACAUCAAAUACGGGGCGGCAGCCGAAGGGAGCAUUACUUUGAAUCUACCUAAAGGGGACGUGAUGGCACAGGUCAUAAAAAUAAUGUUCGCCAUCGCGAUAUUCAUAACUUACGCCCUCCAAGGCUACGUACCCGUCGAGAUCAUCUGGAACACCUACCUGGACCGCAAGAUUCCUAAGAAUAAACUUUUCUGGGAGUACGUCCUGAGGACAGUCGUCACCAUUGCUACCUUUAUACUGGCGAUCGCUGUGCCACGUCUGGGUCUCUUCAUCUCGCUAUUUGGAGCACUGUGUCUUUCGGCACUGGGACUCGCCUUUCCUGCCAUAAUUGAGAUAUGCGUUAUGUGGCCUGACAUGGGACCCGGGAUGUCAUACUUGAUCAAGAACAUCUUCCUAAUAUUAUUUGGAAUUGUGGGCCUCGUGGUUGGAACCUAUGUGAGCCUUGUGGACAUCGUGAAUUCCUUCGCAACCCCAGUGAACAGUACAAUAACAGCAAAUUCGUCACACUUAGAGCAAUAAGGACUGCAAUAUGUAUGUGCUAUUAUAGUAAAAUCAACAUCAGUCGAGUUGAUAAUCGUGACUACGUGUAGCUGUGGUCGACUCUCGAUAAGUGCCCGCUUUUGGGGCUGUAGGAGAGAAAAUUUCUGGCGCUCAGUGGAACGAUGUCGACAAAAAUGCCACGCUAUGAAUAUAUAUGUUUCACGUUUCAUUAGCCACUGUUUGUAUAGGACGGCCAUGAAUAGUAACGCGGAUUUAUGCGCAUAAAAAGCGCUUCGGAGAUUCUUCAUUUGUCAAAAUAGCGAAAUUUUCGCGAUUAAAAUUUCAUCAUGGUCAGAUAUCCAUAUCAGCGUCGCUUUUUAGAAUACGCUUUACAUUAUAAUAUGAAUCAUUAGAUGUGAUAUGUAUACAUUAGAUAAGGAUUGGUAUGGAUUGGAAGUUCUCUGCCGGUUAAAAGGGUCGAUAAUAAAAUGUUAAAAAUUUGCGCAACUUGGAGUGCGUUCAACGUUCUACUGAGGAUAAAUUUUGAGAAAAGACUUUUGAAUUGUUCAUAUUAACGCUGUAAUUCAGACCAAAGUAUAUACUACAAAACACAAUGACCAAAGGAAUUUAUGUUUUAUAGUUUAUGACGCAAUAUGUAACAUAGAGGAAAGUGGCAUAUAUUGCUGUGCUGGAAUGAAAUUUGAAGAAUGUGAAUGUGCGUAAUCGAACUUCACUUCGAAGUGGAUCUAGAGAUGAAGUACGACUUGACUAUUCCGCGUAUAUCGCACGACUUUCCUUUAUGGCUGAUAUUAUAUCAUAUAUAUGCAUAAUUGCAUGAAUAAUGUAUAUUUUUGUCACGCCGUGCCAAUAUAACUUCGGUAAUUUUGAGAUUGUGUUAAAUGUUUGCAAAAAUUGUUUAUGAGCCUACAAGACUCGACAUAUGAAAGUAUAGGUAUAUAUAAUAUAUUGAGUAAUUAUAACAUUCUAUAUAAGGUGGAACAGUGGGAGCAAAGCUAAAAUUGAAAGUUGCUGAUUGCUUAUAUGUAUAAUAUAGGGACAUAAACAGAUCAGAAAUAACUUUUUUUUUUAAUCAAAGGACUUAAAUAGUCUGACUAUUGCCAAUGAAUUUGGAUGGAUCGAAAAUUGGCGAAUCGGGGACCGAAAAUUUGAUGAAAAGACAGCUUCUCUGAUUGCUGUAUCCAAAGAUGCGAUCUAAGUGCAAUCGUAGAAGCAUGUAGUUCUAAAUAUUGACGGUUAAAAGUGAUCACGGAAGAAUCUAUCAUGUAGAAAAAGUAUUUAAAAAACUAGGAUCUGCACUGCAGGUCACAGUCUGAAAAAUUUCGUGACUGGAUGUAGACUGCCACAAUAAUUCUUAUUUUUCCGGGUUAUUUUCGCUAUUGUUUAUACAAGAAUUCAAAUUGAUAAUUAGGUGACAUUUUAUUUUUAAUCAUAUAACCACUUUUCUCACAAACUAAACGUAAUAAUAGCGCUUAUUCUUGAGAGUUGAACAUAGGGUAGAGGGUAGACACAAAAACGAAAGUUUUUUCUAAUAGGGUAUAUAAAAAAAGUUGACUAGUUUUAGGACUGAAUAGAGAUUGUUAUUAUCAUUAUACGACUAGACAAAAAGAGCUUUAAUUAGGUAGAAAAUUUAUAUUGAGAAUGUAUCGUUGGUACGAGAUGAUCAUGUGUCGUUGGAAACAUGUUUUCAUUCCGUAUGGAAUAUUGCCAAGUGGCGAAUGAUGAGUGGACGGAGAAGGCUUUGAAAAUUGGCUUUAAGGAAUAUUGUUACUGCUAUUGUUAUUACUACACUGGCCUGCGCUACGGAUUAGAUGGUGAAGAAUUUGCAUCGAGACUAUUGGAACUAUGGAAUGAUCAAUGGCAACAAGAAGCAGCGUGAUAUUGUAAAUAUGAUGACAUCGUUGCGAAUUUUAGAACUUAGUCAUUCGACAAACAAGAAGGAAAGAAGGUUUUUCAGUAUUAGUCAAGCACAAGUUAUUAUAAAAAAGAAA